CACGUAGCAACUUCCACAGAGAUUCGUUGGAUUCAUACUAAUAAUACAGAUUGGGUCCGCGAUUCAUAUUUUUACAGUCAUAUUAUGUUUCUGAAGAGCUGUUCAGAUUACGUCAGUCUCUCAUUGAUCCCACUUGCUUUGUGGAGCAUUGUUGUUAACAUCCUGUUAUAUUUUCCAAAUGGCGAUUCCACCUAUGCAGCCAACAACCAGCUCACUAAUUAUGUGUGGUAUUUUGAAGGGAUCUGUUUUGGGGGUAUUAUGAUGCUCAUUGUUGCCACGAUUGUACUGCUGGUGGAUUAUUAUCAGUGCUGCACACCGUCCUGUGCUGGGAAAGAAAGACACAAGGUUAACUGUUCAAGACUGGGAUCACCUGUGUUUGCCAUUCUAGGGGUCAUGUUUGCAGGAUAUUCUUUGAUCAUCUCAUCUUUGGGAUUAGUACAAGGUCCAUAUUGCCAAACAGCGACUGGCUGGACGUAUCCUUUUCAGAAUACAGCAGGAGGGUAUCUCACAGAAUACUCCACGUGGUCUCAAUGUUUGGAGCCAGCCUAUGUGGUAGAAUGGAAUGUUAUCUUAUUCUCUAUCCUGAUUGCACUCAGUGGUCUACAAAUAAUCCUCUGCUUAUAUAAAGCAAUAUAUGAUAUUAAUACCAUCUGCUGUGGAACACACACAGUCAUGAUUCAGGCAGAAGAUAUAUAAUAAUAUGGGAAACAUAAGUUUUUGAGACUGACUAGGGAUUACAUUACGGGGGAGACUUAUCAAGGCUAUUCUGGGACAAAGUGCUAAACAAGGAGCAAUCACCAUGGAAACCAAUAGUACAUCUCUCAACAGUCAGUACUUUGCAUCCAAAAUAACACCUGUUUGACUUCAUACAUCUGUCUCUUGUGAGGAGCAAUUCUACAACUAUGCGACUACAUUAGGCCAGGGACUAAUUAAAAGUAUUUUGAAAUAUUGGGCAGAC